AUUAUCCUACAUCUUGGGAGUUUCUACAAAAUGGCUUUGUUAUGUCAGUUGUUGUUCUUAUAUCAACUUUCAUGCAGAGUACCUUCUCCAAUAAUUUCAAUCAUUUGGCAAUUGCAGAAGGGACACAUUUAAGAACAGCACUGCAGUGCCUUGUAUAUAAAAAAGCCUUGAAAAUGAGUUCAUCUGCUGGAUUGGAUACAGGAGCUGUUGUGAAUCAUAUGUCUGUUGAUGCUUUUAAUGUGAUGAUGGUGUUUUCAAUGGGGCAUUAUCUUUGGGCUGUUCCAUUCAAGAUUAUCUUGCUGUUAAUUCUUUUAUAUGUGCAGCUUGGUUACAGUGCCUUAAUAGGUUCUGCUACUGUGAUAUUUCUUGUUCCUAUUCAGUACUAUAUUUGUACACUUUUAUCACGAAUUCAGGAAAAAGCAUUAGAUGUCUCAGAUGAUCGACUGAAAAAAACAACAGAACUUCUACAAGGGAUUAAACUUUUGAAACUCUAUGGAUGGGAGAAAACCUAUGCAAAUUUAGUUAAAAAGAUUCGUGACAAGGAGUUGAAAAUAUUACGCAGUGAUGCUAUUUGUGUUGCAUUUAAUACAUUUAUCACACAGACUUCAUCCAUUAUUGUUACUUUGGUGACAUUUUCUCUGUUUUCAAAAAUUGAAGGUAGGCCCUUAGCUCCAUCGGAUGUGUUCACUGGUUUAGCAUUGUUUAACCAACUGACUGUGCCUUUGUACAUAAUUCCUUUUGUGAUACCUAUGGUUAUAAAUGCUGUGGUGAGCACAAGACGUCUUGUUGAUUUUUUAAUGCUUCCAGAAGUUGAUUUAUCACUUCCUUGGAGAGAUGAUUCAGAUGUACCUGAAGCUCGAGUUGAAUUUAUUCCUGAGAGUGGAAGUGUUUUGUUGCAUGUGAAAGAAAGCUCAUUUGAAAGCAGAGGCUUAUCUGGUUCAGAAGAAGGUGAUGGAGUGUUUCUUCCCGAAUUUUAUAAUUAUUCUCCCACUGAAGAAAAUACUCUUCUAACCAUAAAGAAAGGCUACUUUGCUUACGACAUAGCUUACAAUACACCCACGCUGAGAGACAUUGAUGCUCAAAUUCCAACUGGGAGACUAACUAUGGUUGUUGGUGCCAUAGGUAGUGGAAAGUCUUCAUUUUUAUCUGCCAUUCUUGGUGAGCUUCAUGUAAUAAGUGGAUCAGUUUCCUGGAAUAGUUCACCGCAAGUAGCUUAUGUACCACAGAAACCUUGGCUUAUCAAUGCAACCUUAAAAGAAAACAUCUUAUUUGGACAACCAUACGAUGGAAGACGGUAUCAUCAAGUAGUUCAAGCAUGUGCCUUACAGCCAGAUAUUGAUCUUUUACCUGCUCGAGAUCUCACUGAAAUUGGCGAAAGAGGUCUGAAUUUGAGUGGUGGUCAAAAGCAAAGAAUUGCACUGGCGAGGGCAUUUUACUCUCCUGCUCGUCUUGUAAUACUGGAUGAUCCCUUAUCUGCUUUGGAUGCUCAUGUUGGAGCAUAUGUUUUUGAACAUGGUAUUAAAACUCUUCUGCUCAGAAGGCAUCGAACAGUGAUAUUAGUCACCCACAAAUUAGAAUUUUUGUCAUCUGCAACUAAAGUAAUACUGAUGGAAAAUGGAAGUAUUAAAAAGCAAGGACCACCUAAAGAACUGCAAGCAUCUUUAAAAGAUUUAAAUUUUAAUUUGAGAAGACCUAGAAAACCUGUUACUGAAAAUGUUGCCGAUGGAACUUCCAGAGAAAGACAUAAGCUUGUCCGAUUGCUGUCAAGACAAACUCUGUACCGUACCGUCUCUACUCAGGACAUUAAACCUCGUGCAAGGAUGGUGUCCCUAAGUCGACAAAUGUCUCAUGAUCCAUCUAGUCCCCUCCCCUGCCAUGAUUGGGGUGAUCAUGAUGAUCCUCUGCCUCCAAUUGCUGACCCUGAUGACCCAGAUACUGGUCACAAACUCCUUAAUCGUAUGAAAUCAGUUGAAAGUCUGCGGUCACGAUCUAGUGCUAGUUCAGCUAGUGUGGUUAGACGUUCUUGGAAAUGUCCACCGUCAAGACUGAAUUCUCGAAUUUCAACUCGUACAGAUGAUCUCAUAGAAGAGGAAGAUGAAGAUGAAUUUGAUGAGGAAACAGAUGAUAAAAUUGCUCGGGCUUGUGAACAAGUUCAGCUGCCUGAUGGAAAACUCAUAAAAGAGGAAGAAAGAGAGAAAGGCAAAAUCUCCAAACAAGUUUAUCUGACCUAUAUGAGAGCCUGCACCUUGGCACUUUCUCUGCUUGUUAUUUUCUUGAUUGUUAUCACUCAAGCUAUGAAGAUGGGUACAGAUUUUUGGCUUUCUGCAUGGUCUGAAUCAUCAGUUGAUGAAGAUGACCUGGAGGAAGAUGAUUUCAUGGAUGAUGCUAAGAUGGAAGAAAUACAUUAUUACAUAGAAAUUUAUGCUGUAUUGUCUGCUGCAAGUAUUGUAUUAGCAUUUGUAACAAAUUUAGCAGCUCAACUUACAUCUUUGAAAGCUGUUAGAGUGCUGCAUGAUAAUAUGCUGUUCAAUGUCGUUCAGUGCCCUUUAAAGUUUUUUGAUACUACUCCUGUUGGCCGAGUUAUUAAUAGGUUUUCUUCUGAUAUGAGCACUAUUGAUAAGAAACUUCCUGUAACAUUACCAAUUUUGUUGAGAUUUAUAUUACUUUGCCUGUCUGCCAUUGUUGUGGACAUGAUUGUCACACCAUACUUUAUCGUUGUUGUUGUACCUGUUGCUGCUAUUUAUUAUUUCCUGCAGCACUUUUUCCGUUUUACAUCAAGAGAACUUCAGAGGUUGGAUUGCAUUACAAAAUCUCCAGUUUAUUCUCAUUUUUCGGAAACUGUGUCUGGACUAUCAACUAUUAGAGCAUUUAGAGCAGAAAAUCGCUUUACAGAGAUGAUUAUGACAUGUAUAGAUGUCAAUAAUGCUGCAUUUAUUUUAGUCAAUUGUGCAAACUGCUGGUUGGGCAUUUCACUUGAUUAUUUGGGAGGUUUUAUUCUUUUUGUCGCAACUUUAUCCUCUAUGUUAGCAUCAAUUUAUGGUCAUGCUUCUGAGGCAUUUGUUGGAAUGUCUAUGACUUACACACUUUUGGUUCCAGUCUAUUUGAAUUGGGUUGUAAGGAAUUUAGCAAGCACAGAAAUGUAUAUGAGUGCAGUGGAACGUGUGCGAAAUUAUUCUAAACUUCCUAUUGAAAAUGGAGCUGUGAAUAAUUUGUCAGGUCUUCAUGCUAAGUGGCCAAGUAAAGGAACAAUUUCAUUUCAGAAUGUCACUAUGAAAUACGAUGCUAAUAGUGACCCUGUACUGAAGAAUAUAACACUUACCAUAAAGCCAGGUGAAAAGGUCGGCAUUUGUGGAAGAACUGGAAGUGGGAAGUCAUCUCUCAUUAUGGCAUUAUUUCGAAUGGUUAAUAUUUCUGGAGGGAAAAUUGAGAUUGAUGGCAUUGAUAUCAUGAAGGUACCGCUUGAAACUCUUAGAUCUCGACUUUCGAUUAUACCCCAAGAAGCCAUUAUAUUUUCUGGAACUGUUCGAGAGAAUUUAGACCCCGGGAAAGAAUAUUCGGAUGAAGAACUUUGGCAAGUUCUUGAAGCAGCUCAGUUGAAGCAUAUUAUUGCUGCAUUGCCUGGAGGUUUAGAUGCACAUGUAUCAGAUGAAGGAUCUAAUAUGAGCACAGGUCAGCAUCAGCUAUUUUGCUUAGCAAGAGCACUAAUAAGAAAAUCCAAAGUCCUUGUAAUGGAUGAAGCAACUUCUUCUCUAGAUCCAGAGACUGACAGUAUACUUCAAAAUGUUGUUGCAUUAUACUACAGGGAUUGUACUGUUAUUUCCAUAGCUCAUCGAGUUCAGAGUAUUUUGGAUUUUGAUAAAGUGGUGGUGCUGGAUGCAGGUCGUAUAGCAGAAGUAGGAAGUCCCAAAGAACUACAGGAAAUGAAAGGCAGUAUUUUUGCUUCUCUCAUUAAAGCUAGCCAUCAACAACAUUGAAGGUUUUCUUUAAUGUAUGUACAGAACUUUACAAUCAUUCAUUUAAAUCAGUUUUUUUCUUUUUCAUCUGAAUUUCUUUUGAUCUAUUUAAUCCAUUAGUGGCUAUAUAUAACUAUCAAAGUGCAACUAUGGCAAAGAAAUGCAAAUUUUAACAGCUUUCAUUAAGAUUUUUAAUUAAAUCUUGUACCAGGCAUCAAUGUUUUUUGCAAAUUCUAGCAUAAAAUAUCAAAAUAGGCAUUGUCUUAGUUCAAAGAAAAUGUAUAUAGAUGAAGGUAUAUUAAAAUCACUGUAAAUAACUAGUGAUAUGCAUUUACUAUAAACAUGCAUACUAUACAGGUAUAUGUGUGUGUGAGUUUUAAAUGAAUUAGAAAAUAAUGGCCACAGGAAAAAAAAAAAAAAAAAAUUCAAAAUCUGUUUUUAAUACAUUGUAUGAAAUUUGAUGCUGUGCAUCUGAGAUUAAUUUUUCUUUUCUUAAGAGUUUGUAUUUUCAUAACAAAUACGUGUCAUUUACUCUGUAUAUAAAUUAUGGAGAAAAAUAUAUUUAUUUUUCUAUUUUUGUUAUUCAGAGAGUAUUUCAUGCAUAUUUAUGUUAAUUCAGUGCAAGUAUAUUCUAACAAAUAUCUUCUGUAAAAGAUGCAAAAUAAAUAUGCUUUUAAAAUUAUUUAACAUUAUUUAUAUUAAAAAUGCUUUCAGAUGUGUUUUAUUAAAAAAUUAUUCACUGAAUAGAAAAAGUUGAUACUGUUUUUAUUAUAUAUGAAAACCUUGCAUAUUUGAUGCAUUAGAUUUGUGCCUGUGUCUCUUUCAAUAUUUUCUGUCAUGUUUAGGCAUAACUAUUUUUUAUCGAAGUUUCAUAAAUUAUUGCUUUUAAAAUGUUCAUUGCUAACAAUUUUACUGCAAGUAAUACAACAUUAAUGCUGGAUUCAAUCUUACUAACAUGUUUUCAGAUAUAUCAGUAUAUUUUUCUGCCAGACAGAACAAUAUCAGUCCACUUAAUAGCAUUUUUUUCAGUGAACAUUUAGUUUCCAAGGUUGUCAAUAGUUUCUUUACUUUCUAGUUUAGAUUUUUCACUUUGCAUAUUAGAGUAUGUUAUUUCUAGUAUGUCGCCAUUACCAAAUGAUUUUACAUAAGACCUUACAUUAUUGCUUUUCACAUUAUUGCACAUUCCAAAAGAGUGUUCAGUACUUCUAUUACUUUUUUAUGCAUCUUUUUAAAGCAUCUUUUUAAAAUAAAAUGAGUUACAUCAUCAUAAAUAAUUUACUAUUUCUUAUAUGAAUUAAAGUUAGUAGUUUUCUAAAAUUUUUAUUAUGCCCCCCCCGGUAAUAAAAACCAUGAGUACUUUAUUGUAUGAAAACAAGGUUCAAUAUGAAUAACUUGUUUUUAAGGUGUAAUAAAAAUAUUCAUCAAUUGCUCCCAACCUGAAGCAUGUUAAACAUGUUCAAAUAUUACUACAUAAUACAGUGUGGGUUAUAAAUGUUUGGAUGUUUGUAAAUAAAUAUAGUUAAGGUGUCUUAUAAGCUUUUACUUAACAGUAAAUAUAUCUGGUAAUUUAUUUUUUAAAAAUAAUAUCAUUGAUAUUCUCCUUCACAUCUUAGGCACUUUUGCAACUAAGUUUUAAAAAACAACUGACACAUGGCCCACAGAAUUGUGGCUAUCAUAUCAUGAAAAUUUGUUUCAGUCGAGUUAUUCAACUGGUCACUUGAUUUUCGUAUACAUGAUUUUAAAGAUAGCCCUCUUAGAAAGAUGAUGGUGGGGAUAAGAUCCAUAGUCCUAGGAGGCCAUAUGUUGCCACCUCUACAAGAAAUCAGGUUACUGAGGAAUAUUUCUUUAACCUAUGAACAUGUUUGAAAUAUAAGCACUCUGCUGCAUUCAAGUCCUCUUGUCAUAGCCUUCAAAUUUUUGCAGCUUUGCCUUAUGUCUAACAACUUGCACAUUUUCUUUGUUUUGCCAUAUAUGGACAUAUGGCAC